AAUUAGUAUAUAAACAAACCCAGUAAGGUUUUUUUUUAUUAUUAUUUUGGCAGAACAGCUCUUCCAAAAACAAUCAUGUCAUCGGUGAAGCAUUUCCUACAGUGAACACGUUUUCAAGGAAGCUUCUACCACCUACAAGUAUAGACUAGCAUCAAAGCAUCAGGAGGAGUGGAGUAAAAGAAAGAAGAUGGGAGAUCCAGAACCCUGCAGAAUGAAACACGCUGAAGAUAAUCAAGAACAAACAGAGGUAAUGGAAGAGAAUGAGGAGAGUGAAGAACUGAGCGAAGUGGAGGAGAAACAUGUCAAACCUGGAGAAAAACAUCUUGGUCACUCAAAGACUACAAAGACAUUUGUAAAGAAAAGAAAAGCCAAACAAUCUUUAAUCUGCACUCAGUGUGGAAAGAGUUUCACAUUCAAACAAAGUCUUAAGCGUCACAUGAAGAUUCAUACAGGAGAGAGACCAUUCAAAUGUGAUCAGUGCGAUAAGAGCUUCUCAAGAAAAGAGUGUCUUGAGAUUCACUUUAGGAUCCACACUGGAGAGAAUCCCUUCACCUGUGAUCAGUGUGGAAAGGGUUUCCCACAAAAGCCAAGUCUUCAGAUGCACAUGAGUGUUCAUAGAGGAGAGAAGCCAUUCAGGUGUGACCAGUGCGGGAAGAGCUUCACACAAAAACCACAUCUCAGGAAGCACAUGAUGACCCACACUGGAGAGAAGCCAUACGCAUGUGAUCAAUGUUGGAAGACUUUCAGACGAUCAUCACACCUUAAAGAACACAUUAAGAUCCACAGUGAAGGGAAGCCGUUCUCAUGUGACCAAUGUGGAAAGAGUUUCAGAGAAAAACCAAGUCUGGAGCUUCACAUGAGGAUUCACACCGGAGAGAAGCCAUUCAUAUGUGGUCAGUGUGAAAAGAGAUUCUCACACAAAAAAAGUCUUCACGUUCAUAUAAGGAUGCACACCGGAGAGAAGCUGUGCACAUGUGAUCAGUGUGGGAAGAAAUUCACAAACAAAACAGCGCUUCAAAAGCACAUAAGGAUCCACACGGAAGAAAGGCCGUACGCAUGUGAUCAAUGUGGAAAGAGUUUCAAAUUGUCAUCAUGCCUUAAUUCACACAUGAGAAUCCAUACUGGAGUGAGGCCAUUCACAUGUGAUCAGUGUGGGAAGAGUUUCGCAAAAAAAUCAAGCCUUAGGGAACACAAUAGGGUUCACACUGGAGAGAAGCCAUUCAUGUGUGAUCACUGUGAAAAGAGAUUCACAGACAAAAAAAAUCUGGUCAUUCACACGAGAGUUCACACCGGAGAGGAGCCGUUCAUGUGCGAUCAGUGUAAGAAGCGAUUCUCAAACAAAAAGAAACUGGAGCUUCAUAUGACGAUCCACACUGGAGAGAAGCCGUUCACGUGUGAUCAGUGUGGCCAGAGUUUCACGCUAUCACAAUACCUUAAAAGACACAUGAAAGUCCACACGGGAGAGAAACCGCACACAUGUGGUCAGUGCGGAAAGAGUUUCUCGCAAUUGUCAAACCUUAAUGUUCACAUGAAGAUGCACACGGGAGAAAAGCCAUUCAAGUGUGAUCAGUGUGGAAAAACUUUUCUUGCAGCAUCAAAGCUGAAGAUACACCUGAAAGUUCAUACAAAGGAGAAGCCGCAUUCAUGUUCUGAAUGUGGAAGGAGUUUCUCACUGCUGCAAAAUUUAAAAUUACAUCAGAAAAUACAUACUGGUGUGAGAAAUCAUAUGUGCUUUGAGUGUGAUAAGACUUUUCUUUCAGCAAGCCAUUUAAAAAGUCACCAGAAAAUUCACACUGGCGAAAAGCCUCAAAAGUGUUCAUACAAAAGAUUCAGUCGGUCAACAAAUCUGAAAACACAUGAGAGGAUCCACAGCAGAGAAAAGCCGCACACAUGUGAUCAGUGUGGAAAGAGUUUCGCUAUAAAAAGUCACCUGAAGCUCCACAUGAGGAUCCAUGCAGUGGAGAAACCAAGUCACCGCAGUCUGAGGUCACGAAAUUCUACAAAGCUAUUGGAAGGAGAUGACGAAGAGAACUUGAGUUAUCCAGAAACCUGCAGAAAGAAAUAGUGAAAAGUGAAAGUCAUGAUAUUUGCCAAGUUUGGUAACCCAUACUCAGAAUUGGUGUUCUGCAUUUAACCCAUCCGAGUGCACACACACACAGCAGUGAGAAGUGAACACACCGUGAACACACACCCAUAGCAGUGGGCAGCAACUGGGGGUUCAGUGCCUUGUUCAAGGGCACUUCAGUCAUGGGUAUUGAGGGUGGAAGAGAGCGCUGUUCAUUCCUCAUUCAUAGUCCUGAAGAACAUGCUGAUGCUCACAAGAUUUAAAUUGUUUCAUGACCAAACUAGUUAUUCCUAGUGUUGUCAAAAUGAGCAAGUUUACACAGGCAAUAUACUUUUUUGUUUGUUUUUACACGUUAAAUAUAUUUAAUGCAGUUAACGCAGGAGUGGGGCUAGGGUUGACAUCCUCACUCACAAUUGCUGACUUUUAAAAAAAAAUAUAUUUGAAUGACAGUUUUUCUGUGCUGAACACACUACUUCUGGGUUCGUUCAAGUGUAGAAAGAAGUUCUUUUUAGAUCAUGGGUCUUCAUUAUGUCAUGGGCACUUCACACAUCGACCAGAGCAAGAGCAAGAACACACACACACACACAUCAAUGUGCUUCGUUCAGCAGCACUGCACAGGACUUUCUCCGAAAAUGUCUCAAAAGAAGUGUGUUAUUGGUUGUGAGGGAAAGAUUAUCUUGUUUAGCUAAAUCUGAUUAAACUAAAUACUUUUUGAAGAUAUGAUGGAUGCAAUACUACUCUAUAGGUACUGAAGAUUAACAUGAGAUUGGGCAAAACUCUGUAUUAUGCCUACUAAAGAAAAUUAGACAAAUUGAUGUCAGUGUCAGCAACAGGAGCCAGGGAGGAGAUGGGAUGAAAACCUCAGCAGAAGAGACAGGACGCAAACCUAUGGCAGAGUCAAGUCGCCUUUAUUUAUUUACAGAUCACUUAGCUUUACAGUAUUAAAUAUGAAAAUAGUGUAGGAUGGUAAUGCAGAAGGACAAUGGUAAACCAUGCUGUAGUAAAGUCACAUUGUGCAGAGGACUCAUAUGGUUCCUGUGGUCUUGUCCCAAUGGCUGUCUAGGUCUUGACUGUGGAUCUGUCUCUGGGGCUCAUCUACAGUAGGUGGCCAACCAAAAUGAAGUUUCUACCGCCGCUGUAAAGUGCAUUUACAGCUUUUGAACGCUGAGUGGCGAUUUAAUCACAAGUUAUCAAACAAGCGCAUCAAAGCACAUUUUCACAAAUAGCCAUCAGUCUUGUCUAGCCGAUGUGUUACAUUUGACGGCUUCAGUCAGGGAAAAUGAAAGAGAAACACUGUAGGCUAGUUAAAAUAUUUAAUAUUCACAGAUGAAAGUUUAGCCCUUAUGAAGUUAUGUACGUUUCUUAUAAUGAAUUCAAGCAGGAUAAAUGUCAAGCAUAUGGCCCUGUACACCAUAUUUUAGAUUUGACACAUUUAAUAGGUGUGCAGUAUUAUUUAUAUAAUAUGAGUUGUGUUUUGUUAUUCAAAAUAAAUUGUGGUUUACUUUUGCAUUGGAGAAUUAAAAGUGGUACCCUAUUUUAGUGAGCUAGGCUUGCGAUUUUUUUUCUAAAUUUUAUUUUAGUAAAACGUGAGCCACCGUAUAAUUUUGCUUCCAUUAUUUAGGCCCAAUUUAAAACAAGAAACGAAUAAAUUAAACCAGCAUUAUUUAAACUCUAAAGAAUGGAUGGAUUAAUAAAACGUCUUCAUGUUUAAACUCUCAUUAUAAUCAACAAAA